UAAUUGUAGUAUGCGUGAAAUGGAAUGGCUCUCUGCGGUGUGUCGUGUCUGUGUAUUGUUGAGUUCCAAUAAAAUAAAUCUACAAAAUUAAGUAGUUUUAAUCCAAGAUAUAAUAGUGGCGACGAGGACAUUCGGACAGCACGGCGAAGCAAAUAAAUUAACCACAAGAACAAAAGCGAUCAGAAGUAAGAAAUUAUUUACUUAAAUAUAUGUGAUGGUAAUGGCGGCUGCAAACUCACUGUGAGGUUAUCUACAAAAUACAAGGUACCUUAAUAAGUCGUUAUUACUCACAUUCAGGGACCGGCCAAACGUGAAAUGAAACGUAAUGACAGAUGUCAAGGCGGGUGAUAAAGAAAAUAAAUUGAUAGAAGACGCGGAUGUCUUAAUAUCGUUGGUAAAACAAGGAAAAAGAAGUUAUAUUUACCGGUGUGGAAAAGACAUUUUAAUAAAAAUAGUAAAUGAAGAAGGUUUACAGUGCCCGCAAAAUCCAACUGUCGACGCGUUACGGAAGUUGUUAAGUGAUUACUACCAAAAUAAAGGGCAAAGCCAACCAAAAAUUUUAAAACACAAUAUCAUGACAAACUACGAAAUAAAACCAUUUAACGGAGACAACUGGGAGGUCUUCGAGCAACAGUUAGAAUCUUUAAUACUCUUAAAUGAUGUACCAGAAGAUAAACAAGUGGCAUUGCUUAUUACUAAACUAACCCCAAAUGUAUUUGAAACAUUACAAAUUCUGUGUAAGACAAAAAAACCAAUAACAUUAACUUACAAGGAGUUAUGCGACAAACUACGAGAUAAAUAUACACUAACUAAGACACCAUUGUUAGACAGAGCCGAGUUUAGACGACGCAACCAACUACCUACUGAGACAAUAGAAGAGUAUGUGUUAAAUCUCCGAAAAUUAUCUCGCAAAUGCCAUUUCAAAGACGAAGAAGACCAGAUUAAAGAAAAACUUGUUGAUGGAGUGUUCUCUAAACUAAUUAAAUUUGAACUGAUGAAACAAAGUGCACAGGCAAAAUUAGAAGAUCUUAUAAACCUAGCAAAAACAGUGGAGUCUGCAUAUAAGCAAGCUAAUGGCGAAGAAGAAACAAGUAAUAUUUCAUAUGUCAAACCGAAUUCCAGAACACCAAGACAGAGGUGUGCACCCCCAAAGAAGAAUAAUACUAAUAACAUGAAAAGUAAGUGUUUCUGCUGCGGGAAAGAUAACCACAUUAAAAAUGAUUGUACACUGAAGACAAAGUUUUGCUCGGAAUGUGGCCAACAAGGUCAUAUAUUUAAAAUGUGCCCAAAGAAGUAUCGACACACAAAUGUUUUGGAUGUAGCAAAGGAAGAAAACAAAGAAGAUCAAGGAUUAGAAGAAGAAAAAAAAUUGUAUGAAGAGUAUGAAACUUAUACAUUUGACAGAAUGCCAAACAAUUAAUUGAUCAAGAGUUCGCAGCAGUAUUCAGCCCGGGGUGGGGUGCAUUCAAAGGUGAAGCAAUUUCAUUAAAAUUAAAAAAAGAUGCUGUACCAAAGUUUCUGCCUGUUCGUCGUGUUCCCUAUGCACUUCGAGAUAAGGUAAAACAUGAAAUUGAUAGAUUACAACAGAAUGGUCGCAUAGUGUCCGUCGAACAGAGUCAAUGGGGUACACCUGUAGUACCCAUUAUAAAACCGGACGGCUCUGUAAGACUUUGUGGGGAUUAUAAAGUCACUUUAAAUCCAAAUUUGGAAAUAGACCAUUACCCCCUUCCACACGUGGAGGACAUUUUUGAAACCUUAAAAGAGGGAGAAUACUACUGCGAGCUGGAUCUUCGGGAAGCUUACUUACAAGCUGCUUUGACUGAGGAGAGCCAAUUAUUAACCACUAUUGUAACAGAAUUUGGGACAUAUAAAUACAAAUACUUACCCUAUGGAGUUAAUACUGGCCCUGGGUCAUUUCAAAGACUAAUGUGUAAAAAACUAAUAGGUAUACCAAACACAAUUGUGUUUAUUGAUAACAUCUACGUGGCAGGGAAAAGUUUGCAAGAAACUUAUGAAACCCUUGUCAAAGUGCUUAAUAGACUACAAGAAUGCAAUUUCAAAUUAAAGCCCGAAAAAUGUAAGCUUUUCACAAGCCACAUAGAUGUGUUUGGUUUUCGCAUAAAUAAAGAGGGAAUGAGCCUAAUAAAAUCAAAUAUUGAGCCAUUGUUAAAUGUUCCAGCACCAACCAAUCUAACAAUGUUAAAAUCAUUUUUAGGUAAAGUUAAUUAUUACUCUAGGUUCCUUAAAGACAUGGCUAAGAUUCUUAGUCCAUUAUAUGAAUGUACCAAAAUAAAUAAAUUCAACUGGACAGCGGAUUGUCAAAAGUCUUUUGACACAAUAAAAAAUAAAUUAGCCUCUGCAAACAAUUUAAGACAUUUCAACCCAGAUCUCCCGAUAAUAGUAACUUGUGAUGCUUCAAAUUAUGGACUAGCUGCCGUCUUAUCGAACCGGGACCAAAAUGGUACAGUUAGGCCCAUAGCAUAUGCGAGCAAGAAAUUAAACACAACUGAACAAAAAUAUGCUGCCAUAGACAGGGAGGCCAUGGGAAUAGUGUUUGCGGUCACCAAGUUCUACAACUAUAUUUAUGGCCGACAAUUUGAAUUGGAGACAGACAGUUCGGCUCUAGUCAGGAUUUUUGGACCAACUAAAGGUAUACCAAAAAUGGCUGCAAAGCGGCUACAACACUAUGCUAUAUUUCUCUCAGCGUUCAACUAUAAAAUUAAACAUAUAAAAACUAACAAUAAUCCAGCAGAUUAUUUGUCCAGAAAUCCUGACAAUAAAGAAUGUCCCAGUCAACAUGUCCAUCCAAUUUUUUAUGUAGAUAAUUUGAUGCAUGUACUAUAUGCCAACAGUUCUGACAUAGGCUAUUUAAAUUUUAAAAUAAUACAAGAAAAUACAAAAAAGGAUCAACUUUUGAGUAAAAUAAUUGAAUAUUGUAGAACAGGCUGGCCCAAUAAAAAUUUAAUUAAAUCAGAGCUUUUACCAUUUUAUAAUAGGAAAACUGAAAUAAGUGUGGAUCAGGGCUGUUUACUUUGGGGACAUAGAGUAAUAAUUCCAGAAACAAAUCAAAAAGCAGUGUUAAAAAGUUUGCAUAAAACACAUUUUGGUAUUAUUCGUAUGAAAGAAGUAGCACGGUCUUACUUUUGGUGGCCAAAUUUAAAUUCAGAAAUAGAAAAUAUAGGAAAGUCAUGUCUCAUCUGUUUAUCAAAUCUUAAAAAUCCCAUAAAGUCCCCACAAUCAUGGCCAACGCCACCUACGGCAUGGUAUCGACUUCAUGCGGACUUUUUGGGGCCAUAUUAUAAUAAGAUGUAUUUAGUAAUUAUAGACAGCUAUAGUAAAUGGCCAGAGGCUUUUGAAAUGUCAAACAUGACAGCUGCUAAAACAAUUGAUGUACUAGAUAAGUUAUUUAGCCGAUUUGGAUAUCCGGACCAACUAGUUACAGAUAAUCAGACUACGUUCACAAGUACGGAAUUUAACAACUAUUGUAAAGAGAAUAGCAUUAAACAAAUAUUUGCGCCACCGUACCACCCAGCGACCAACGGAGCUGCGGAGAGAUUUGUACAAACUUUUAAAUCAGCUGUUACCAAAAUAAGAGAAAGUGGAUGCAGCAUUAAUGCUGCAAUCAAUUUAUUUUUGUUUGACUAUAGGACCACACCUCAACGGACUACAGGUGAAACGCCGGCCCGUUUGUUGCUGGGGAGGGAAUUAAGGAAUAGAUUUAGCUGCCUGAAACCUCCACCUAUAAUUGAAAGUUUAUCUGAAAGGGAGGGGAGAGAGGCAUGUAAAAGAAAAGUUAAAUUUGUAACAGGACAAAAAGUGAUGGUUAGAGACUAUAGAAAGGGCCAUAAACCUUGGAUAGUAGGGAAAAUAGUAUCAGAAUCUGUUCCAGAUUUAACUUAUAUAAUUGAGGUACAAGGUAUGAUGUGGAAACGUCAUAUUGAUCAAAUGGUGUAUUGUAAUGAGGAUGUCGAAAGUAAUUAGACUUAAGUUAUAUGUCGUAGGCCAAGUUGAACUUGUAUUUAUUUAUAAAUGAUGCCAAGAUAUAUGUACUUGUUUUGAACAACUUAGUAACCAAUCUAGGGUGAUUCAAAGCAUACUAUCUAAUAACUAUUGUUGUAGUUCUUUUAGGGCUACAGUAGGAUUAAUUAAUAAUCCUUUGCCAUGUAUGUAGACCUAAGUAAAACUAGAUUAGUUUUAGGAUUAGUCCGGGAGAGUGUAGUAUGCGUGAAAUGGAAUGGCUCUCUGCGGUGUGUCGUGUCUGUGUAUUGUUGAGUUCCAAUAAAAUAAAUCUACAAAA